UCCAAGCGGUGCGGCCGGACGGGAUCUGGGCGGCGGGAGUCUGCGGUUGUUCCCUGAGCGGUGGCCUGGGCCGCACGCACGCGGCGUAGUGCAAGAUGGCGGACGCGGAAGUGGUUAGUUUGCCAAAGAAGCAUAAGAAGAAAAAGGACCGGAAGCCAUUACAAGAUGAUGAUGUGGCGGAAAUACAACAUGCUGAAGAGUUUCUUAUCAAACCAGAAUCCAAAGUGGCUCAGUUGGACACUUCUCAGUGGCCCUUGUUGCUAAAGAAUUUUGAUAAGCUAAAUGUAAGGACAACACACUAUACACCCCUUCCCUGUGGUUCAAACCCUCUGAAGAGAGAGAUUGGGGACUAUAUCCGGACAGGUUUCAUUAAUCUUGACAAGCCCUCUAACCCCUCUUCCCAUGAGGUGGUAGCUUGGAUCCGCCGAAUACUUCGGGUGGAGAAGACAGGACACAGUGGCACCUUGGAUCCCAAGGUGACUGGGUGUUUAAUUGUGUGCAUAGAACGAGCCACUCGCUUGGUGAAAUCACAACAGAGUGCAGGCAAAGAGUAUGUGGGAAUUGUCCGGCUACACAAUGCUAUUGAAGGGGGGACCCAGCUUUCUAGGGCCCUAGAAACACUGACAGGUGCCCUGUUCCAGCGACCCCCACUUAUUGCCGCAGUAAAGAGACAGCUCCGAGUGAGGACUAUCUACGAGAGCAAAAUGAUUGAAUAUGAUCCUGAACGAAGAUUAGGAAUCUUUUGGGUGAGUUGUGAGGCCGGCACCUACAUUCGGACACUGUGCGUGCACCUUGGUUUGUUAUUGGGAGUUGGUGGUCAGAUGCAGGAACUGCGGAGGGUUCGUUCUGGAGUCAUGAGUGAAAAGGACCACAUGGUGACAAUGCAUGAUGUGCUCGACGCUCAGUGGCUGUAUGAUAACCAUAAGGAUGAGAGUUACCUGCGGCGUGUUGUCUAUCCCUUGGAAAAGCUGUUAACAUCUCAUAAGCGGCUGGUUAUGAAAGAUAGUGCAGUGAAUGCAAUCUGCUAUGGGGCCAAGAUCAUGCUUCCAGGUGUUCUCCGAUAUGAGGACGGCAUUGAGGUCAACCAGGAGAUCGUGGUCAUUACCACCAAGGGGGAAGCCAUCUGCAUGGCUAUUGCAUUAAUGACCACAGCAGUAAUUUCUACCUGCGAUCAUGGUAUAGUAGCCAAGAUCAAGAGGGUGAUCAUGGAGAGAGACACUUAUCCUCGCAAGUGGGGUUUAGGUCCAAAGGCAAGUCAGAAAAAGCUGAUGAUAAAACAGGGCCUUCUGGACAAGCAUGGCAAACCCACGGACAGUACCCCUGCCACAUGGAAGCAGGAGUAUGUUGACUACAGUGAUUCUGGCAAGAGAGAAGUUACUGAAGCAUUAAAGUUAGUUGCCGAAGUGGCAAAAGUCCCACAAGUAGUUGCUGAAGCAGUAAAAGUCCCAAAGCGGAAGCGAGAGAGUGAGAGUGAAAGUGAUGAGGCCCCUCCAGCAGCUCCCCAGUUGACCAAGAAGGAAAAGAAGAAGAAUAAGAAGGACAAGAAGGCCAAAGCUAUGCAAGAGAGUGGAGGCGAGCCUGGAGAUGAGGACAGUGACAACACCAAAAAGAAGAAGAAGAAGAAGAAAGCAAAAGUGGUAGAAGUGGUGUCUGAGUAGUAAAGGAUGCUUUAAAAGCAUUGUGUCCAGCUGGGAGGAGAAAUGAAAGCCUUAUCGUUAAAAGUUUUUUUGUUGUUGAGGGAGUGAAACAGAGGUCCCUAACAGGGUAGAGAGUUCAGGCACGCUUUGCUGCUACUUGAGACCUCGGUGAUGUUACCUGGUGUGGUCAUCCCAUCUUGUCCUGUUUUAAGGAUGUGGGUGAUGAAAGAGGCAGGUUUUAUGCCACCAACUUUUCUGCUUGAGUUGGGAAGCCUCACCUUCAGACCCAGUACUGCCUAGUAACUGUUUGCAGCUAUUUCCUAAUGGCCAUUUUAAGCAACCCCAUAGUCCUCUCCUGGUUUUGCUUUUUUUUUUUUUUUUACCCUGUUUA